UUAGAAGCAGCGCGAAAGCAUUUCUGCUCCGCAGCGCUGAGUCGGUCUUUCCCCGCCCGGAGUCAUAUUUAAGGAGUAUUCAUAUCGAGAUCCAUCUCCUUGAGGUUUAAGCCUAGCAGUACUGGGCAUUGCCAGUCUGAAUGUCUGCAAAAUUGAGAGAGUCGCCAAUGCUUAUAACACAAACUUCAGAGGAGCCUGAUGGGAUCCUGACAGUGAAGAUGGAAGAGGAAGACAAGGCCUGUGAUGCAGUCUCUAGCCUCCACUGGAGCAGCUCCCCUGACCCAGAGACUUGUCAUCAGCAGUUCAGGCAGUUUGGCUACCAGGAUUCACCUGGGCCCCGAGAGGCUCUGCACCGCCUCCGGGAACUUUGUCAUCUCUGACUGAGGCCUGAGGUGCACACCAAAGAGCAGAUCCUAGAGCUGCUGGUGCUGGAGCAGUUCCUGGCCAUGCUUCGAGAAAAACUGCAAGCCUGGGUGUAGAAGCAUUGUCCAAAGAGUGGAGAGGAAGCUGUGACUCUGCUGGAGGAUGUGGAGAAAGAUCUUGAUGGGCCUGAACAGGUCUUGUUGUUUGAAUGAAGUGGGGACAUGAUUGCAGAGACGCUAGCAGCUUGGGAAGUGACUGAGGAGUUUCCGAGUAGCCAGCUCAAGCCUGCCAAGAAGCAGCUGCAGUGGGUAUCGGAGGAACUGUGCUCCUUAAGACGAACUGAUGAAGACCCCAAAAACAUAAAUGUGAAGUCAGCUUCGAGGCAAAAGACCUCUUCAGGUAUAGAACUGUAUCAGGUAUAGAACUGUAUUGAUGUUUCUAACGCCCUUCGUGUGAACGCUUCCCAGAGCUCUACAUACAGAGGAACCUGUGAACAAGACAGCAGGUUUGAAAGAAGACAGAGAAACCCCUCUGGAAAAAAACAACGCAAGUGUGAUGGAUAUGGAAAAAUAUUUAGGGAGAACUCAGCCCUUACUUUACAUUAGAGAAUCCACAGUGGAGAGAAGCCAUAUGCCUGUGAUGAGUAUGCAAAGGCCUUCAGCCAAAGCGCAAUUCUGAUUCAGCAUCGAAGAAUCCACACUGGGGAAAAAGAAUGUGGCAAAGCCUUUAGUCAGAGCUUGAAUCUUUGUAGACAUAGGAAAAGACAUGUUAGAGAAAAAGUCCCAUCAGUGUGAUGAGGGAAUCAAAGCAUUUACACAGCUUUAUUAGCAGGAGAGAAGGCCAAAACACAUCUUUAGUGUAAAGCUGUGGUUUUAGUGGUCACUAGUCUCCCUUCUAGGGUCAUAAAAGCCACAGGAGAGAAUGUAGAAUAUCUCAUGUCAGCAUUAUUUGCUUUUCUCCAUGCAAUACCGUUCCUGUGUUUGAGAUUCCAAAGCAUAAUUCAGAAUUCUAUCCCCAAGCAGCCCUUGCAAAGAUGUUCUCAGACAUGUACCACUAUUUCCAACAUUAAUACAAAUAAUAAACUAUAUAUUUCUUUUUAGGCAAGCAUUAUUUUUUCCCUCUUAAGAAGGAAUGUGUGAGUUACUCAGUGUAAAAAUACGUAUUUUUCAUUUUAUAACUUGAGCACUACAAUUCUAAUGGCCAAAGAUUAAGGUAUUUAAAAACAAAUUCCUGGCCAGGUAUGGUGGCUCAUGCCUAUAAACCUAGUACUCUGAGAGCCUGAAGCAGGAGGAUAGCUUGAGGUCAGGAAUUCAAGACCAAUGUGAGUAAGAGUGAGACCUUGUCUCUACUAAAAUAGAAAAAUUAGCCAGACGCAGUGGCUUAUACCUAUAGUCCCAGGGACUUGGGAGGCUGAGGCAGGAGCAUUGCUGGAGCCCAGGGGUUGAGGUUGCUGUGAUCCCCAUUCUAGCCAGGGCAUAAAAUGCAAUAUUGUCUUCUAUUAGGAUUGAGGAUAUACACAAGGCUAUGUACCUCAAGACCUAGGCGAAAAUGUCCAGGUAAUUGUU